GUCCGUCAUCUGCGGGAGCUCCACACACACACUCAUACACUUAUCUACACACACUCUUAUACACACACACACACACACUCACAGGAUGGCCACAGAGAGCAGCGGCGGCGUCUGGGACUCGCUGAGGAAGGCAGCGUUCGUCAUCGGCUCCGGCCUCUUCUUCCUCAUCGGCUUCAGAAACUCCGUCACAUGGCAUCUGCAGAGGUUUUGGGGAGCGUCUGGAGACUUCUGGCAGACGCAGUGGAGCCGCAUCCACCAGGCCAUGGGCGGAAACCAGACCGCACUCUUCUUCAUCGGCACUAUGCUGGUGCCCACGCUCUCCUUCUGGCUGUUCAAUGCUCUGCUGAUGCUGGUGGACGUCACUGGAAAACCAAACUUCAUCACACGCUACCGGAUUCAGACCGACAAAAACAGCCCGGUGGACACGGGCCGGCUGUGGCAUGCGGUGAAGACGGUGCUGUUUAAUCAGGUGUGUCUGUCGGGGCCGGUGGUGGCGCUGACCUACCAGCUGAUGCGGCUGCGUGGAGACCCCUGCGGCCCCGAGCUGCCCACCUUUCACUGGGUGCUGCUGGAGCUGGCCUUCUGCGGGCUGAUGGAGGAGAUCCUCUUCUACUACACACACCGGCUCGUUCACCAUCCGUCGCUCUACAAGAGCAUCCACAAGAUCCAUCACGAGUGGACGGCUCCUGUCGGCGUGGUGGCGCUCUACGCUCAUCCGGUCGAGCAUGUGUUGUCCAACAUGCUGCCGGCUCUGAUAGGGCCACUCCUGCUGGGCUCCCACGUCUCCACCACCAGCCUGUGGUUCACCAUCGCUCUGCUGGUCACCACCGUCUCCCACUGCGGGUACCACCUGCCCCUGCUGCCCUCGCCUGAGUUCCACGACUACCACCAUCUCAAGUUUAAUCAGUGUUAUGGGGUGUUGGGAGUGUUGGAUCGUCUGCACGGCACGGAUGAGAAGUUCAGGAACUCUCGAGCGUACGAGCGACACACGGUUCUGCUGGGUCUGACGCCGCUGAGCGAGAGUAUCCCAGAACACAGCAAGAAAACACAGCAGUGAGCGCAGCGUUUACAGCCCGCUGACCAGUGUACUGCACACACACACACACACACACUUGGGUUAUGAGGUCUGCUGAUGAUGUUGAGCAGCGCUGCAGGAGACUGGAGGAUCAGACAUCACAGCUGAAGUCAGACUGAUCAGACCUGCUGCUGAGAUUAAUCUCUGAUGAACAGCAGAUUCCCCAACACAUCUCUAAUCAUGACAGAGUCAAUAACUCAUCUCUAAUAACUGAUGUAUUUCCUCUUCUCCAUGAUGACAGCACAUAAUAUUAGUCUAGAUAUCCUUCAAGACACUAGUGUUCAGCUUACAGUGACAUGUAAAGGCUUCACUAGGGUAAUUAGGGUAAAGUUAGGGUAAUUAGGCAAGUCAUUGUAUAACAGUGGUUUGUUCUGGAGACAAUCCAACACUAAUAUUGCUGAAGGGGUGAAUGAUAUUGAUCUUAACAUGACUUUAAAACUAUUAAAAACUGCUUUUAUUCUAGCACAAAUAAAACAAAUCAGACUUUCUCCAGAAGAACGCUCAUAUCUAUAUCCUCCUGAUGAUGUCAGCAUGAGGGUUUCCAUAGCAACUGCAUAUUCAUAUUCUUAGCCACGCCUCUCUUAAUGUUAAUUAGCACUUUAUGGAGUGAUGCACUGAAGAGAGCCCCGCCCCCUGCUCAUUAUUCAGUGUCUGGAUGUUUAUCAACAUGCUGAAAUCACGCUCUCUGAAACUCCAUUACCUGAUCUUUAAAUCAUCAUGUGGGUCAGAAUCAUCAUGAAUAAACACGUGUAAUCUGGCGAUCCUUCACUGAGAGGACGAUUUCUGAGAGAGAGAGCGAGCGCUGGUGAUCUAACACAUGAUCUUUCCUCAGCCAAUCAGAGCUUACCAGUGGCACCCCCAGAAAAAUUUCUUAGGGGUGGCCAGAAGAGGCCCCACCGAAUCUUGAGGUGGCACACAAAAAAAUAUGAAUUCAGUGUAAUGUUAAAUUUUUGUUUCUGAUAAAUGAAAUAAUGUAGUUUUUAUUCAUUUAAUUAAUUCUUCUUGAAAUAUUGCAAUUUAUUUCUUGAAAUAAUUCAGCAAGUACAUGUGCAAACCAAAUAAAAAUCUAUGUUUUACUAUU